CAUUUUUAAAGAAGAGAAAUGCUUUGAACCCCCCCUCGUCUCUCUCUCUCUUAAAUACAUGUCUCCCUCUCUCUCUCUCUAUCUCUCAUCAAUACACAGAAUCCCCAUUUAUUAGGGUUUCGGAAACCCUUCGAUCGAACAACGUAAUCAAGGCGAAUCCCAUCGCGAGCUCCGUCCCAGCUCCUCCCCUCCGUCGCUCGAUUCCUUCUCCAGGAUUAGGCUCGAUCCCGAUUCCCUAUCGGAAGCAGUCCAUUUGUGGGUAGGACCCGGAUUCUCACGUCUCUUUUCGUGUUCGAAUUUGGGGGAUUCGGUAAUGGAGAGUUCACAUAGGAAAGGGGGAAGCUAUGUCUCGAUUUCUCCAUCGCAUACCCCGCGAUCCAGCGAUAAGAUGGUAAGGGACACUCGUUCUCACGAAAGCAAUGGGAAUUCCAAUAGCAAGCAUGAUAAGGAGAAAGGGGUUAAUGUCCAAGUCCUUCUUCGAUGCAGGCCUUUAAAUGAGGAGGAGGUUCGGUCGAAUAUCCCAGUGGUGAUAUCUUGCAAUGAGCUCAGAAGAGAAGUAUUGGCCACUCUGAGUAUUGCCAACAAGCAGAUUGAUAGAACAUUUGUGUUCGAUAAGGUUUUCGGCCCAUCAUCCCAACAAAAGGACUUAUUCUAUCAUGCUGUUGUUCCACUUGUAAAUGAGGUUCUCGAGGGAUACAAUUGCACCAUUUUUGCCUAUGGGCAAACGGGUACGGGAAAAACAUACACAAUGGAAGGAGGAGGGACAAAAAUGAAGAAUGGAGAAUUGCCAAGUGAUGCCGGUGUAAUACCAAGGGCUGUUCGACAAAUCUUUGAUAUACUUGAGGCACAGAGCGCGGAGUACAGCAUGAAGGUCACAUUUCUCGAACUGUACAACGAGGAGAUCACGGAUCUCUUGGCUCCUGAAGAGUCGAAAUUCUCAGAUGACAAGUCUAAGAAGCCGAUAGCUCUCAUGGAGGAUGGAAAGGGGGGAGUUUUUGUUAGGGGUUUGGAGGAGGAGAUAGUUUCUUCUGCUGGUGAGAUAUAUAAGAUAUUGGAUAAAGGGUCUUCGAAGCGGCGUACUGCUGAAACCCUACUUAACAAGCAGAGCAGCCGAUCUCACUCGAUAUUUUCAAUUACUAUUCACAUUAAGGAGUGCACUCCCGAGGGUGAGGAGAUGAUCAAAUGCGGGAAGCUUAAUCUUGUUGACCUUGCUGGUUCGGAGAACAUUUCACGGUCCGGUGCAAGAGAGGGACGAGCACGUGAAGCUGGAGAGAUUAAUAAAAGUUUGCUUACACUCGGUCGUGUCAUUAAUACUCUUGUUGAACACUCUGGUCACAUUCCUUACAGGGAUAGCAAAUUGACAAGACUACUAAGAGAUUCGUUGGGAGGGAGGACAAAGACUUGCAUUAUAGCCACCAUAUCGCCUUCCAUUCAAUGCAUGGAAGAGACACUGAGUACACUAGAUUAUGCACAUCGUGCUAAGAAUAUCAAGAACAAACCAGAGGUUAAUCAGAAGAUGAUGAAAUCUGCGCUUAUCAAAGAUUUGUACUCGGAAAUUGACCGCCUUAAACAAGAAGUAUAUGCUGCAAGAGAGAAGAAUGGUGUAUACAUUCCACGGGAUCGAUUUUUGCAAGAAGAAGCUGAGAAGAAAGCCAUGAGUGAGAAACUGGACCGCGUAGAACUUGAUUUGGAAACUAAGGAUAAGCAAUUGGUUGGACUUCAAGAGCUUUUUAAUUCUCAAAAAGCAUUGAGCGCAGAAUUAAGCGACAAACUUCAAAAGUCCCAGAAAACACUGGAAGACACUGAACACACAUUAUCAGAUCUGGAACAGAAGUAUAGGCAGGCAAAUUCCACAAUUAAGGAAAAGGAAUACUUGAUACUUAAUCUCCUUAAAUCUGAGAAAGCCCUUGUUGGUCGAGCUUGUGAGCUUCGAUCUGAGCUGGAGAAUGCAGCAGUGGAUGUAUCUGGCUUGUUUUCUAAGAUAGAACGAAAAGAUAAGGUGGAAGAUGCAAACAGAAAUCUUGUCCAAAGAUUCCACUCUCAAUUAGCUCAGGAGCUGGAUUUGUUAGGCAAGACUGUCUCAGCUUCUGUUUCUCAGCAGGAAAACCAAAUAAAACAACUAGAAGAAGAAAUGCAAUCCUGUGCCUCCAUGAAAGGCCAGGUUACUGAAGAACUCCGAGGGCAGAUAGGAAAACUUAAGGAGAUUUGUGGUUCUAAGAUUGGAGAAUUGGAUGGUUUAGCUGGUGAACUUGAUGAAAAUGCUUGCUUAACUUUUGGGAAAUUGAACUCACAAGUCAACAUGCACACUUCUGCUCUUGAGGAUUGUUUGAAGGGCCUUUUGCUGGAAGCUGAUCGGAUUGUUAAUGAACUUCAGAGCAGGCUUUCUAACCAAGAGGAUCAAUUAGAUUCAUUCAUUCAUCUGCAGCGUGAGGGACUUCUUAGAACUGUAGAGACAACAAGGUCUAUAUCGGCAGUUACGAUGAAUUUCUUCGACACAUUAGAUGCUCAUUCUUCUAAAUUGAGCAAUAUCAUGGAAGAAUCAAACAAUGUACAUGAUGAGCAACUUUCACAGCUUGAAAAGAAGUUUGAGGAAUGUGCUGCUAAAGAAGAAAGCUACUUGUUAGAAAAGAUGGCAGAGUUGCUGGCAAGUUCAAAUGCUAGGAAGAAUAAUCUGGUUCAAUCAGCUAUCAGCAGUCUCAGGGAGACUGCUUCGGACCGUAGCAGUAAUCUACAGAGCGAAAUGGAGACAUCCCAUAACUUCACUUCUUCUGUUAGAGAACAGUGGAUGGCUUAUGUGGAGAAAACAGAAAAAAACUACCAUAAUGAUACUGUUGUGAUAGAAAGUGGAAGAUGUGGCUUAGCAGACGGCCUUCAACAAUGCAUGAUAAUGGCAAAAUCGUGCUCGAAACAAUGGAGUAAUGCUCAGAACUCUCUUCUCAGUAUAGGAAGAAGUAAUGUAGCUUCAACAGAUUCCAUUAUAAGGGGUGGAAUUGAUGCAAACAAGCAACUGCGUGCUAGAUUUUCAUCUGCCGCUUCUAACACUUUGGAAGAUGUUGAUGUUGUAAAUAAGAGCCUUCUUUCCUCGAUUGAAAAUACGUUGAAAUUGGACAAUGAUAUGCAUGAGAAGGUCAAAUCUAUGAAUGCUUCCCAUCAUGGGGAGCUUACAGAAAUGCAGAAUGGACACAGUCACAAGAUUGCUGAUAUCUCAGAAACUGCAGAGAGGUCUCUAGUUAAGGACUAUAUGGUGGAUGAAAUAUCAUGUACAACGCCACGAAGGCGAGCAAUUAAUUUGCCUAGUGUGCAGUCAAUUGAGGAGCUGAAGACUCCUGCAUUUGAAGAGCUAUUGAAGUCAUUCUGGGAGGAAAAACCUUCUAUUAAGCAGUCUAAUGGAGAUGUAAAGCAUUUUUCUGGGGUGCAUGAGUCUCAGUCACAGACACAAAGACUCCCUCUUACUACAGUUAAUUAAGUUCUUGAAUUUCAUUUAGAGGCAUUUGGUACAGCACCUUCUGCAGGAAUAGAGGUUGAUAUACUUAGCAAGCCAAGGAGAAGGACCAUCAUCGGAUGCAAUUUUUCAUAUGCAAAGAGGGAAAUUUGCAUGCUUUUAGCGAGCUCAGUUCUUCGUCGAUAACAAAAGCUACACCACCAUCUGUAAAAUCUGAUAGAUAUAGUAUUCUUCGAUUCAUUGCAAUAGCGCGCAUUAUCCAAAGGGGAAGGGCUUCUUGUGUAGUAGGCAUGUAGAUGAUUGGUGUAUGGAUCCUUUUUCUUUCACAUAGCUUAUUUUUCGUGAGCAAAUAUAAUAUAUUCAUUCAUUUCAUGUAGUACUAUAUAUAUCUGUUGUUGAGAGCACAUGACAAAGUAUAUUCAUUUUCAU